AUGGCGGACGCAGAACAGCUAGCAAGGGCCAUCUGCGAGACCUGCGCCCAGCUCCACCAACCAAAUGCACCACUGCACGACAUCGCCGCCGCCAACCUACGGCUCAUCCAGCUCUGCGAGCACGAGCAGGCGCCGCAGGCGUGCCUGCUCAUCGUGCGGCACGGCGGCCAGCUCGCGGCACAGGGCGCGCCGAUCCACGCCUGCGCGCUGGCGGCCGGGAAAGUAGAACGAGCGUGCCGCGAGCGGAUCGUCGGCGGCGACGACGCGUUCGCGCUGCUGGAGCAGCUCGCAAAGGACGAGGCGGGCGACGCCUGCGCCGGCGCCGUCUGCGCGGCCGUGGCCUUUUGGUGCGUCGAGAGCGGGCAAGAAGUGAAUGCGCUCGACCGUUGCGCCGCGCGGCCGGUGCUGCUCGCGACGGCAAUCGCGGACGAAUUGGCGCGGCGAGAUAUGAUGAGGGACGCCGCCGGCGCCUGGCGCGCCGUCGCGCGCGCCGCGCCGCCGGUAGCAAAGCUCGCGCGGUGUGUCCAGGCCUGGGCGGCCUGCGGCGCGCGGCUCCGGGGCGCGCCUCCUGCGGUGCUCGGGGCGCUCCUCGAGGCGGCGAUCGGCGGCGACGCGGACGCGACGGGUGCGCUCUGCGCCCUCGUCGAGGCGGAGCCCCCGCUGCCCCCGGCCGACGCCGUGGCGCCCUACCACACGCUCGUGGCGCUCGCGGUCGCGCCGACGGACGCCGCCGCGGCCGCCGACGCGCGCGCUUCGUUAGCCGCCGCGCUCCUGACGCUGCUGGCGGCGCCCGUCGCGGCGCAGAUGGAGCGCGGCUCGCCCGUCGGCGCGGGCCUGCUCGAGGGCCUCGUCCGGGGCGUCGGCGCCGCGCCGCCCAACGUCGCGUCGACGUGCACGGACGCAAUGGUUGGCUUCCUCGACGCGCUGCCGGACCGGUCGUCGUUCGCGCCGCCGUGGCGCCGCCCGCUCGCGUCGGCCGUCGUCCGCGCCGCCGCGGCGCGCGCGUCGGACGCGUUCUACGCUUCGGGCCGGUCCUUCGAGGACCGCGACGACGCGACGUUCAACCGCCUCUACCACGCGGGGCCGUGCCUCUACCAGCUCGCGCUCGCCCUGGACGAGACGGACGUGACCGAGGGCGAGCUGCUCGCGAGCGCGCCGUGGCUCGAAGAGGCCGUGGAGGCCGUCCUCGGCGAAGAGGAGGAGGAGGAUUCGGAAUAG